ACUUGAUUAUUUAUCAACUUUGCACAGUUCACCAGAAUAAUUAUGUAAAACCACAAGCAAUCGUUUUGUGCAUUUCAGGUUCUGGUAAUCGUAUUUAAAAGUCCUACUGAUUGUCGACAUCCUCAAAAUGGAGAAGAAAUGGGAAUGCUAUGAUUGCGAGAAGUCGUUCGAUCGUUUGGCUGCCUUAAAACAACACGCUCGGGUUCACACCGGUGAGAAGCCACAUGUCUGCGAUGUUUGCCAUAAGUGCUUUUCUCAGUCUACUAACUUGAACAUUCAUAAACGUAUUCACACUGGCUCCAAGCCAUACGCCUGUGACGUGUGUGAUAAAAAAUUUAGUCAACUCGGUAACAUGCAAAGCCACAAAAUACGCCAUUCAGGGGUCAAACCAUAUUCCUGUGAUGUGUGUCAGAAAUAUUUUGUGGAUAAAAGGGACUUAUCAAAGCACGAACUACGUCACACUGGAGUGAAGACUUGUGAAUGUGACAUUUGUCAUAAGAAGUUUGCGCGAGGCACGUCUUUAAAGGUUCAUAAGAGGAUACACAGUGGAGAAAAACCGUACCACUGUGAUCACUGUGGCAAAGGGUUUAGUCAAAUUAGUAACUUGACUGCUCAUAAAACUGUCCAUUCCAAAGAGAAACUGUAUAAAUGCCAGAUUUGCAAUAAGGGGUUUGGUCACUUCAGUACAUUAAGCAAACAUAAGUUGACACAUAAUGACAACACAUAUGAAUGUGAUAUUUGCAAAAAAGUGUUUAAACAUCCCGGGCAUUGGACAAGACACAGAAAAUCCCAUGUAGAACCUCAAGAGAAGGAAUAUGUAUGUACAGUAUGUACCAAGAGCUUCAUUAAACCUGAUUCACUGGAAAGUCAUUUGAAAACUCACAGCAAGAGUUAUGAUUGUGAUGUCUGCAACAGGACAUUUGCAAAUAGUACUGCAUUAAAGCUCCAUGCAAGAACACACACUGGUGAAAAACCUUAUCAAUGUCAGCUUUGUGACAAAAAAUUUAGCCAAUCGAGUAACUUGACUGCUCAUCAAAAUGUGCAUACUCAAAAACGACCAUACAAAUGUCACCUUUGUGAUAAGGCAUUUGGCCAUGUGAGUACACGAAACAAACAUCUAAGAACCCAUAAGAAAAAUGUUGUUGAAGAAGAAAUUAUUUAUACUCAAGAAACAGUUAAAAGUACCCAAGAACCUAAUAUCCAAAAACAAGAUAUCCAUGGACAAGAUAACCAAAAACAUGAAAAUAUCCCAAAAGAAGAUAUUCAAGAGAGUGAAGCUUUUCAUGGUAUUGCAGAGCAUGAUCUCCAAGAACAUAAAGUUGUCCAAGAUAAUGAAGUUAUUCAAAAAGAAGGAAUUCAAGGACAAGAUGUUGAAGAACAUGAUCAUGAACCAGAAGAAGGUAGACAAAAUAUCCCUGAAAAAUAUAUUGGAGAACAAGAUAUUCAAGAACAUGCAGUUAUUGGAAAACAAGAUGUCCCAAAACAAGAUAUUCAGGAAAAAUGCAUCCAAGAACAAGAUGGGCAUGAAGAUCCAGCAGUUAAAAAUUUAAUACAUAUUCAAGAACCAGAGAUUGAGAUAACAGUUUUUGAAGAAUUAGUUGUUCAAGAAGAAAUACCAACAACUUGCAUGAUAUUGGAAUCAGGUGAUGUUGAUACUCCAUUGCCUCCAAUUGCAUUGGUCUGUGAAAUGUUAGAAACAUCAAAAGAAAUGCAGUGAAAUUUAGUGUAAGGAUCGUGAUGCUUUUUUUAAAAUAACCUUGACAUUCUGCAAAAAUUAUUACCUUCUGCAUGUUCUUCGUUGCAUGUAGAAUGGGUACACUUUACUAUUUCUUGUGUACAAAGAGUAUAGUCAAUACUGUU